UGUGGCAAUUAUCGCGAAGCCGCUUUUUCACGAGAGAACCAACGAGAGAGCGUGGGAAAUAUUUUUUCGAUUGUAAAAUUUUCCCUCUUUACUCUUCUCUCCUCUUUCUAUCCCAUCGUUUUUCAAUUUAUCGAUGCAAGAAAACGGCGCCUUCUUUGUUCGUUAGCAAGUAUAUUCGAGGAAAAAACCACGCCUUUCUUCCUACAUUCUAAUUGCAUAAUUCGUUAAUUAUGCUUCCUCUUAAUGGCAAUAAUGAAUGACUUCUGGAUUGGACAAUUCUGUGCUCCCUUAUGUUCAUAGUUUUAUGAAUCAUUUUGUCAAUGGACAACAACUUUUAAGUUUGAGACCUGAAGAUCUAGAACAUCUUGGUGUAUUAAAACUUGGCCAUCAAGAAAUUAUUUUAGAAGCUGUUGAAUAUUUAAGAAAUUUCCAUUAUGAAUUGGAUCGCGAAAAUUUGCAACUUUUAGCACUUCGUUUGUCCUGUCAAGCGCAUAGCUUGUACAAUGAAUUGUCACGUCAAACUGACUCUAAGCCUGUUACCACACAAACUUUAUCAGAUGUAGCAUCGGUAGUAAUGACUGUAAAACCAUUAGUAAGAUGGCUAGAUCGUCCUCCUUUUAGUGGUCAGCUAGAUUAUAAUGAUAAGAAAGCAGAAUUAAUGAAAUUAGCAUUAGAAAUGGCCACUUGUGCACAAAGAGAUAGAUUUGCUGAGAAACCAAUAGAAGAAAUCAGAUCUACUUGUGAACAAUUAGCAAAACUGGCGGAUUAUGUAAUACAGGAUGUUGCGGAUCCAAUGAUUUUACAACCUGUAACCUUAGAUUUGGCUACUUUGAAAAAAAGACCUGGCGAUGAAUUGGGAUUUUAUAUCUUGCCUUCGUUUCAUGGAAUACAUCAAAUAGCUGAUAUUAAAUUUGGAUCUGCGGCGCAUCAAUGUGGGAAAAUGGAAGAAGGAGAUGAAAUAGUUCAGAUAAAUUAUCAAACUGUGGUUGGCUGGGAAAGAAAAAACGUAUUGGAAUUAUUUCGUGAGAGUCCUAAUGAAAUACUUUUAACCUUGAAAAGAAGGCCAAGGCACACGAAAGUAUAUGGACAAAUUUAUAUAAAGCCAUAUAGACUUCCAAGCAAUAAGAAAACCCCAUAUACGACAAGAUGGCAACACAAUCUUCCGUCUCCACGGCCUGAAUUGUUAACUAUACCUGAUUUUACUAUGCCCUUGCCAAGGCAUGCACCAAAGAAUUCUAGCCCACAACCAGCAGGUAUUACAGAUACUGCUAGUAUACUUGAUACAAUGGCAACUGAUAGCAGUGAUUCUGAUAGUGAAGUGGAGCCACCUGUAUCUGUUCGUUUGUAUUCAACAAAACCAAGAAGUUUAGUUCAAAGAAGAGCUACGAUAACAGGUGCUAGUCCAACUACAAAGCAUGGCGUUGAUAUUGAACAAUUUUGGAAAGAGUUAAAACAAGAACAUAGUACUACAUUCCAAUUAAGAGAUAAGGCAGCAUCCUGUGCUCACAGUUUGGAUAGUGUACCAUCAAAUUUACGUCCACAAACAUGCCUAGGUAUAGAACAAACGAAAAGAAAAAAAAGACCUGAUAUACAAAUAGAUGAUAAAAAAGAAGAAUUUCAAGAAAAAUCAAGUGAAACUGAUAUAACUCAUACGGAUGAAUGUAAAAGUCUAUUACAAGAGAUGAAAGAAGGUAACAAAUCAACUACAAUUCAUAGGGAGGUUCCAACUGUUAUUAUCAGAAAUGUCGAUAGCCGUUCUUCUCAAAAAAUUAUUAAUGCUACUACCAGAAAUAAUAUGAGUGAUACAAAUGUGCCUUUAGAUGAAUGUAAUAAUUGUAUUAGUGAUAGAUCUAAUAAUAAUAACACUAAAGUAAACGGUAGUGAGUUUAAUGCUAGUAACGUUAAAGAACGUGGAAGAUUAGAUAAAAGUUAUAGUACGCCUGCAUACGAUUCUAUAGAAAAUAAUGUUGGGAUUGAUAGGAAAUUAUUACUUUUGGAGAAUACAUUUGAAAAAACAAAUUCUUCGUCUAAUAUUAUGAAUUCAAAGGAUAGUAAGUUUAAAAUGACUAAUGAAAAUAAAGAACAACAGAAUUUAGAACAUAUAAGCAAUGAAAAUAGCGAAGAAAAUUUAAUUGUUAAUGUUUCACAAAAUAUUAAUAAUCUUGAAGAUAACAUUCAUUUUAAGAAUAUAACAGAUUCUGCGCAAAUAAAUAUACAUAAUACUAAUUGUAAAGAUUGUUUGAAAGAGAACCAAAGCAAUAUUGAAUCUAUAAUAUCGGAUACCGAUAUAUCUGAUAAAGAUCACAUAGUGGAUAGCAUAUAUAAGCAAAUAGACAAUACUACAAAAAAUGACUAUCAUAAAAUUACUGAGAACAGUAUAAUUGACUAUGAUACGAAAGAAGAAACUAAUUGUAGGGAACAAGAGUCCAAUAGCAAUAAUGAAGAUGACAUUGCGCUUAAAAAAUUUGGUAAAAUUUUACAAUCUAGUGACUAUGAUUCAAUGGAGAAAAUAACAGAACGACAAUAUUCUAGUUCAUAUAUAAAAGAGACUUCUACAGAUGUACAGGAAGAAUUACCAAUAAAUAAUUGUUGUAGCUCUAAUGUAGAAAUGCAAGAUAUUACGCAACGUACGACAAAGAUUCAAAUUAGUCCAAAGCCACGAAACAAUAGUAUAAAACAUUCAAGUCCUAUUGUUGUUGAACCUAAAAUACACUCUUGUAGAUAUAUUGAAUUACCGAAAGUUGAAUCUACUAAGAAAUUUGAAAUAAGGUCACAUUUAAUACCUCCUGAACCUCCACCUCGUAAAUAUAUUCCUAAACCAGAAGUACCUGAAUCUGGUAAUGUUCCAAAAUCAGCUGGUAAUUUAGGGAAACCUGUAAUAUCGCCAAGACAUCAUAUGAGAAAAGAUUCAAAAAGUAGCAACAUUUUGACUGAAAAAAGUAGCGAUAUAGAUCAUAAUGAAAGUGAUGAUUGUCUAAGUAUUUAUUCUAAACGAGUGGAAAAGUCAUCAAAUUUAAAUAAUAAAUUAAACGCAUCAAUUGAUAAUCAAAGAUCAAUACCAAUUGAUUGUACUGAUCUGAACUUUGAAAUCUGUGAGAAACAGUUAAGAGAAGAAAGAUUGCAUUGUGAGAAAUAUGAACCUUUUACAGAAAAAUUUGCCGUUUCAAAUAAUUCAUUGUCAGAUUGUUACAAGUCUGAUAACUGCUCUUGGAAUAGUGAUUUUUCUGAAAGUUCAAUCUGUACAAGACAAGAGCAAUUAUUGGAAUCGAGAUCAAAUAUUGGCAAACUCUUGGAAAAAGAUAAGAGUUUCGAGAAAGUUGUUGUUAAUAAAGCUAUGAUGGUAGCUAGAAGUAUUGGUUUACAUGGAGGCUUAAGUAAGUCUUCUAAUAACAGUCCAAGGAGUAAUAGAAAGAGAAAUACUUUAUUAGCAAAAAAAAGAAACAUAUCUGUAAAAGAUCUUGGUGUGGGUGAUAUGGAAGGGUGGUUAACAUAUCGCAGUAGAGGUGCAGGAGGUGCCUGGGCUAGGGCAUGGUUUGUUUUAAAACGUGCAGCUUUGUAUAGAUUCAAAAUGCAAAGCAGUACAAAAGCUGACUGUCUUAUAGCAUUAACAGGCUUUACGGUAUCUCAAGCAACAGAAGUCAAAUCCAGAAAGUAUGCUUUUAAGGUUUAUCAUACAGGAACAGUAUUUUAUUUUGCUGCUGAUACAGAAGAUUGUUUAACUCUUUGGCUCGAUGCUGUAAAUAAAGCGACGUUAGGAGCAGACGUACACAAUCGAAACAGUGCACUUUUCAGUGAGACUGAUGAAAGUGACAAUGAAUAUAAAAAUAAGUUGAAAUUCGCUCAUACUCCUGAAAAUAAACCAAACAUGGAAAAAUCAUUUGGAUCUUUGAAGAAGACAGUGCGAAAGGAUCAAUUAUAUAAAGAUCAUGAAGUUAGCGGUGCGAGCUUAGAUAGAAAAUAUUUAAGAUUUCUUGGUACAAGAAAUCAAAAUGUUCCAGUACCAACAGCACAGUUUAGAAGUUAUAGAAGAGUAUUACCGACAAAUAUGACAAAUAAGAAAGAAGAUUGUAUGGCAUAUUCCCCGGAUUUACAGAUGACAAUAGCAGGAAGUACAUUUUAUGGAUUAAGUGCUUCUCAAAGUGCGACCGAUAUGUCUUAUAAUAAUCAAGAAAUGGGUGAUUAUCGACGUACUACAGAUAGGUGUAUCAAUUAUCGGAGUAAAAAACCAGAUGAAUUGCAAGGAUUUAUUACUUUAGAACAAUUUAUGUUGUCUCAACAAGAAGAAGAUCAAAGACAAAAUACAGUCCAAAGAUCCGUAUCUCCUCGAGUUACAACUAUGACGACUAAUGAUCAUGUUUAUGCUCAUCAUAGACACGUUAGCGAUGUUUGUCUACCUAACGAAGAAUCAUGCGCUGCAGAUGCAUAUGUUGGCGAAGGAAUUGUUUAUAAUCAAUAUAAAAAUAAUGGUGAAAUUUCUUCAUCGUACAAACAUUCAAAAACAUCAGAUGAAUAUUACAAGACUCGUCAACAAAAUACAUCUUUAAAUAUUAUUUCAAAUGAUAAAAAAACAGAUUGUGUACAUGAUAAAUCUUGCAAAUGUAAAAAUGCAACGCAGCAUAAAAGACAAUUAGAUUUGAGUAGCAAUCAUAAAAGAAGAACCCAAGAGAAUUUAUCUCAUCAAUCAUUUAGACAAAACGAUUCUUUAUCAAGACGACAUGAAUUCUCACAAGCACCAGUUCCAACGUGUCAUAGUACGCCUGAUACUCGAAAUGAGAAUAGACAUGGGAAUAUCAGUUAUGAUCGUAAUGCACACGUAUCUACUCGUGAUAUACAGUUCAUAAAUCAUAAAGAAAAUAAAAGAUCAAACGAUUAUUGUAUCCCACAAGAAAUAGGUACUCUGAUAGAUGAUCUUCGAUUAGUAUCAAAGAGACUUCAUAAAAACGAAGAAAAUUCAGGAUCUAGUGGUGACCUUACAUAUUUUGCUUCUUCGGAUACAUUACAACGAGCAAAAAAGGAGGCGACUGUAACACGUAAAGGAAGUUUUAAUCUUGCCAAUCAUUGUCGAGAUUAUUUUCCUUCGGACAAACGUUGGCUCGAUUCUUUAAGAUGCGUUGACAAAAAAAAUAUAAAUUAUGAUAGAAAUCGAUUGAAAAAUGCAGCACAAUAUCAGCCUCCACCAAUACCAGCUUCGCCAUUCGAACAAGAAGGAAUGAGAGCCACUUUUGAAAUGCAUCUUGAUAAAAAAGAUCAAGUUCAAAAAACUAAUCGCUUGAAAACUUUAUUUAGUACAAAAGGUCAUCAGAAACCAUGUACUUUAGAUUUACCUAAAGAUGGCCAAAAGACUUUACUAGGCUCACCGAGAUUACAUAGAGCAUUGUUUUGGGAUAAAAAUUCUAAUCAACAAAAAUCUUCUAUCGUUAAUGAGACUCAAAGUCCUGGUGAUAGCGGAAUCAGUCAGUCUUUAAGUUCCUUCAGUACAAACAGUCAUUCCCAAAAUCUAAGUUACAGUUGCAGUUCAGUUGGUUCGAUGAGCGAUUGGAGUCCAGAUACUCCAGGACCUAAUUCACCACGCAUAUCUAGAUCUAAUGUUGGCCACGCAUACCAAAAAGAUUAUUCUUCAUCAGACAGAAAAUGUCUAUCUCCGCCAAAAUUACCUUAUAUACCACCACCAACAUCUCCACCUCCUGAUUAUCCUGGUUUGGAGUAUCCACCUGUAUUUGAACCUGGUACUUAUUCUUUGUCAGAUGCUUCCUUGUUACGUAAUCGUAACAAGACUGUCGAUAGUAAUAUUCAGUAAAGAAGAAAUACAUAUGUAUAUCGAUGUAUAUACUAAAGUACUUUAAUAGAAACAACCACCAAAGAUAAUUCUCUUCAGUGUUACUGUAAAGUAUUUCUCAUAACGAGAAGAUUUCUAUUACUUUAACUAAAAUUCAACUAGUAAAAAAUCUCAACUUACUAUUUAAUUCAAAAAAUGUUUAGGAAUGUACCUCGUAUUUGAAGAUUUUUACAAUGAUAAAUUGGGUAUCCUGUUUAUAACUAAGUAUUGAAAGGAACAGUUUCCCGAUUAUAUAGACAACUGGAAGACUGAGAUUAUUGUUAUUUAAUGUUGUCUUUUAGGUGCUAUAAAUAGUGGUUGUGUUCAAAUCUAAGAACUCCAAAGAAUUCCACUUUACUAUUAAUAUUAUGUAUAUAAUUGAAAUUUUUAGAUUUAAAUGAUUUUCAAAUAUAACUUUCUUUUUCUUUUUUUUUUUUCUUUUUAAAUAAUUUAUGUACUUUUUAUGCAUAUCAUGUAUUCGUACCAGUGGGAGAUAUUUUACAAUAUUAUACUAUCUAAGAGUAUAAUUUUAAGACCCAACAAAUUUUUAUUAUUCUUACAUGCCUGAUUCUUUUUUAUAGCAAGAAUUUAAAACGAAUUUUCAUAUUGAGAAAUAUAUACAUUUAUGUGUGGGUUGAUAUAUUUCAUUUAUACACACAUAUGUAUUUUAUGAAGUCAUAAUAUUACUAUAGAAAUAGUAAAGAUAAACUUUUUGUGUAGGAUUUUUUUCAUAUAUAUAUAUAUAUUUAUAUAUAUUUCUUUUUUUCUUUUUUUUUUUUAAUUGUUCCCACACAUAUUUUUACAAAUAAUGCAAUAAUAGAUCUUUUAAGCUGCUUGUUUUAAUAACAGUUUAUACAAAAGCUGGUGAAAUACCAAUACUAUAUCUCUAGUAUUAUUAGCAUAUUAGUAUAUUGCUAAUCAUUAUAUAUAAUUCAUUAUCGUCAAUUGUUCGAUUGUAUGACUAUAGUAUGGAAAGAAAUUAUGUUGUUUAAUCAUUACUAAGCUUCAAAUUGUGCAAGAAAAUUUUUACGACACAAAUGUGAUGAAUCGCGAAAGUGCCUACAUAUUUUUUUAUUGUAAAUUUUAUAAAUAAAAAAUAUUAGAAAAUAGUAAAUAACUCUUUACUUAAGGAUAUUUAUGAAGAAAAAAAAAAAUAAAAUGAAAAUUUAAUAAAUUUUGUAUAUAUUAAUUAGGCAAAUAAUAAAAAUCUAUAAUGAACGCUAAUAAAUUUUAAAUGCACAUUAUAUUUACUGUUAGUACUCAUUAGGGAAAAAAAAUUUUUGAAGUAUUAUUAUAAUGAACAAUAUAUUAAUUUUUUUUACUCAUAUGACUUAAAGCUGCAAUUUAUAUGUAAGCAAUAUAUUUAUCCGUUUUAAAUUUGCUAUUUGUAGUUUAAUAGAUUUUGUUACUAUGCAAAGAAAAUUUCAUUGGUUGGCACAUUUAUUUUAUAACAAUUAAAAUAUAUCUGUUGUAAAAAUCUAUGUAAUAUCGAGCACUUUUUCAGAAAUCUGUCCAAUAAAAAAAUGUCAAUAUUUAAAAUCUCAUUAUAUUAUUAUCCUUCUUUUUUAUUGCAAGCAUUUAAAGAAUUUAUUUCGGCCCUUAUUAUUAUUAUUUUAAGUGAUAAUUUUUUUGCUGGGAUGUCUGGAAAAAUAUUAUCAGGACUGUUUAUAAUUUUGUAAUUGAAUUAUCCUAUGUUGGCAAUGUUUGGCUAAAAAUUAGCAAUAAAUACACCACUAUUUUUAAAAAUAUUUACGACUUAUGUAUUUUUUUGAAGCCGUGUUCUUAUUAUAUAAGAUUAUAUAUACAAACGUAACGAUUAAUCAUAUACAAAAAAUUAGCUACGCUUAAUAUGUAAAAAAUUUUUAAUACAAUGCUAUUGUAAAUAUUUUUCACUAGAUUGAUUCUUUAUGCGUUCUUUUUUUUAAUACACUAAAUAUAGUACGGCAUCUCAUUCACAUAUACACAAUUCAUAUCACUCUCAUAUCAUCAAAUUCACUUUUAUACAAUCAAAUAUUUUUCAUAUUUAACAGUCUCCUUUCAUACUUACGUUUACGAUUUGUACAAAAUUUUACAAUUAUAUUUACAAAACUUAUAUAUAUAUAUUUUGUUAAUUAUUUUGUUUAGAGAUUAUUUUAAUAAAAGUAUUAUUUUGCUAUUUGAACUUUUGGUGUUCUGUCAUAUAAGUUAGAGUUGAAAUCGCACCUCUAUAGCAAGAAGCUAUAUUUUUUCUUCUUUUUCUUUUUAUAGAAAUCUACGAGUCACAGAAUUGUUAAUGAUAAUAAUGCAUGCAAAUGUAGAAUAUUGAUAAAGUUUUUCUGGAGACAUAAUACAUUCUAUCUUUUUACAACUGCAACCUGGCAGCAUUACAAUUCGUAGUUCUUUUUUUAAGAAGACCUGAAAGAUAAACAUGGUAAAGGGAUAUAUUGGUUUUCAUUCUCCUGAUUUACCAUUCAUCACUUGUUUACAGUUCCUCUUCGAAGUUACUCAUAAUUGUGAAGUAGAAGACACGAAGAACUUGUAUAUACUUUUACGUUUUGGAUGACCUUUUAAAAAUCAUAAGAAUAGCCAUUUAUAAAAUGUCCUGCGCGAUUGCUUCAGUAUAGGGCACAUAAUUAUGUGUAUGUGUAUGUAACAAUUAAAACAAUACGCAGGAACCUUUGGCUGUCCAGCAGCUAGGGAACCUGGUAAGUUUUUAUUCAUUCUUUAAGACCAAUAUCUCUGAUUAGCAACAAAAUAAACAAAUGCACGAGCGUGUGUGUAUAUCUCUGUGUGUGUGUGUGUGUAAGUUGAAAAAUAGUUUGUAAGAGAUACCUCUUAAUGACUAAACAUGUUCUCUUGAGCUGCAGAAUUUCUCGUGAAAAAUGAAAAGCCAUCAGUAGAAGUACUUGUAUCAUAUCGAGAACUUGAAUAUACUCUUAGCUGCUCAGUGGAUUCUGUAUGAAAUUACACAGAAAAUAUCAUCAAAUAUAG